AUGAAUACAGGAGAUGAAAUCGAUGCAGCAGCAGCAGCAGAUGCAGCAGCAGCAGCAGCAGCAGAAGAUGAGCAGCUGCAGCAGCUGCAGCAGCAGGAGAUGCAGCAGCAGCAGCAGCAGGAGAUGCAGCAGCAGCAGCAGCAGCAACUGCUGCAGCAGCUGCAGCAUUUGCUGCACCAGGAGCACGAGUAUAUUCUGCCUGUGUCUGUCUCUUAUUAG